GACACAGCCAGGAUGGCUUUGAACUCAGGGUCACCUCCAGGAAUCGGACCUUACUAUGAGAACCAUGGGUUUCAGUCCGAGCACAUCUAUCAUACCCCAAGGCCACCUGUGGGUCCCGAUGGCUACAACUUGUAUCCAGACCAGUACUACCCAUCUCCAGUGCCCCAGUAUGCCCCGAGGGUUACAACACAGGCCUCAACAACUGCCAUCCACACACAGCCCAAUUCCUCAGGGACACUGUGCACCUCAACCUCAAAGACCAAGAAAUCGCUGUGUUUCGCCCUUGCCCUGGUCACUGUCCUUGCAGGUGCUGCUGUGGCUGCUGUCUUGCUUUGGAAGUUCUUGCCAGGGUGCUCUACAUCUGAGAUGGAGUGCAUGUCUUCAGGCACCUGCAUCAGCUCGUCUCUCUGGUGUGAUGGGAUAGCACACUGCCCCAACGGGGAAGAUGAGAACCGGUGUGUUCGCCUCUAUGGACCAAGCUUCACCCUCCAAGUUUACUCAUCUCAGAGGGAAGCCUGGUAUCCUGUGUGCCAGGAUGAUUGGAAUGACAGCUACGGGAGAGCAGCAUGCAAAGACAUGGGCUACAAGAACAAUUUUUAUUAUACCCAAGGAAUACCAGAUAGCAGCGGGGCAACGAGCUUUAUGAAGCUAAACACAAGCGCAGGCAACAUCGACCUCUAUAAGAAACUCUACCACAGUGACUCCUGUACGUCCCGCAUGGUGGUUUCUUUACGCUGUAUUGAAUGUGGGAUCCGCUCAGUGAGACGCCAGAGCAGGAUUGUGGGUGGAUCAAAUGCUUCACCAGGAGACUGGCCCUGGCAGGUCAGCCUGCACGUUCAAGGUGUCCAUGUCUGUGGAGGCUCCAUCAUCACCCCCGAGUGGAUUGUGACAGCCGCUCACUGUGUGGAAGAACCCCUCAACAGCCCGAGGUACUGGACAGCGUUCGCGGGGAUUUUGAAACAGUCUCUCAUGUUCUAUGGAAAUAGACACCAGGUAGAAAAAGUGAUUUCCCAUCCAAAUUACGACUCUAAGACCAAGAAUAAUGACAUCGCUCUCAUGAAGCUGCAGACGCCUCUGACUUUUAAUGAGCUAGUGAAGCCAGUGUGUCUGCCGAACCCAGGCAUGAUGCUGGACCCGGCACAAGAAUGCUGGAUUUCAGGGUGGGGGUCCACCUAUGAGAAAGGGAAGACCUCGGAAGUGCUGAAUGCUGCCAUGGUACCCUUGAUCGAGCGCUACAAAUGUAACAAUAAAUACAUAUACAACAGCCUUAUCACACCAGCCAUGAUCUGUGCCGGCUUCCUGCAGGGCACCGUGGAUUCUUGUCAGGGAGACAGUGGAGGUCCUUUGGUUACUUUGAAGAAUGACAUCUGGUGGCUGAUUGGGGACACAAGCUGGGGCUCUGGCUGUGCCAAGGCAUUCAGACCUGGAGUGUAUGGGAACGUGACAGUAUUUACAGACUGGAUCUACCAGCAAAUGAGGGUGGGAACAGACAAGCCCGACUAUGCUGAGGGCCAUGAAGAGAAGGCUAGAGAGAUGGGCAGAAUGGAGGGAGCUGACCAGCAGGUGUAUUUAAGCCUGAAGGCCACUCAGUGUGGCCUUGAGGAAGGCGAACAGCUAAUCCACGUGGCCUUUGUCCCUGGCUUCUUUUGUCUUCGAUACCCUUCCACAAGAAAACCAAGGGGCUGA